AUGCGCGCUCUGUCCCUUUCAUCAGCCCGGCCGACCAUACAACUCCCCGCGAUCCAGACCUCCCGGUGUCUGUCGCAGGCCGUGCUCGCAAAUGCCACUUGCAGGACGGCUAGUCUUAUAGCCGCCCCCGCUGCGCAGAGCGGCGUGGCCGUGUUCCAGAAGCAGCAGGCCCGGGGGAUGAAGGUGCGCAGCGCCAUCAAGAAGCGGUGCGAGCAUUGCAAGGUCGUCCGGCGGAAAGCGAGCAAACGACACAACGGCUAUCUAUACAUUAUAUGCCCGGCGAACCCAAGGCACAAGCAGCGUCAGGGCUAA